GUGCAUCAUUCGGCGGUGCAAAGUGCAGGCUGUAGGUGGAGUCCGAGUCGCUAGAUGUAAAUAUCCCCUUCCUGUGUUUUCCCUUUUCCAGCCCCGUCCCGUUGGAUGGAGUUGUCGGAUGGCGUCUGGAUGCGCUCCCCCCAAACUCCAGGAGUACAUCCUCACCGAAAAACUGGGCAGUGGAUCCUACGCCACUGUUUACAAAGCCUACAGGAAGGUUAACAGCCGUGAAGUGGUGGCCAUUAAGUGCGUGAGUAAGAAAAGUUUGAACAAAGCCUCGGUGGAGAACCUUCUCACGGAGAUCGAGAUUCUGAAGGCUGUCAAACAUCCUCACAUUGUCCAGCUGAAAGAUUUUCAAUGGGAUGGGGAGAACAUUUACCUCAUCAUGGAGUACUGUGCUGGAGGAGAUCUCUCCCACUUCAUCCGUAGCCGGAGGGUGCUUCCCGAGAGAGUUGUCUGCCGGUUUCUCCAGCAGCUCGCCUCUGCUCUGCAGUAUCUUCACCAGCGUAACAUCUCUCAUCUCGACCUGAAGCCACAGAACGUUCUGCUCAGCUCCCAGUCCACUCCACACCUCAAGCUGGCUGACUUUGGCUUUGCGCAGCACAUGUCCCCGUGGGACGAGAAGCGUGUUCUGCGUGGCUCUCCGCUCUACAUGGCGCCCGAGAUGGUUUGUCGGCAGCAGUACGAUGCCAGAGUGGAUCUGUGGUCAGUCGGAGUCAUUCUAUACGGUGAGUGGACCAGAGGGGCACGGAUGGGAUACUAG